AUGUCGCCUACAGUCUUGAAAGCCGAGCCUCUGGCUGAGGGCUUCUCAGCAACGACUGGUUAUACCAGAGCUCCCAGCAAGACUGACCCAUAUCGCUAUCAAGUUGGAUUUGGAAACCGAUCUGUGUCGGAAGCAGUGCCAGACACUAUCCCCAACGAUGGCAGAAAUCUCCCGCAGCGCGCCAAAUACGACUUGUACAUUGAGCAGCUCAAUGGCACCUCCUUCGUGACCUGUCGGAAGAACAUGUUCAACGUAAUUCGACCGGCGUGCGCACACAAGGCUUUCAAGCCUUUAGAUUACAAACAUGAUAUUGUAUCAAGUUUCUCGUCCCAGAACAAGGACGUCUCAUUUGUACCUUUCAACAAUGAGUGGGGGCCACUCGCUAUUCCUCCGGAGUCGGAGCCGACGAACUUCUGGCAAGGCAUGAAGACCAUCCUCGGCCAUGGUGAUCCUACUGAGAAGGAAGGUGUCGCUUUUCACCAGAUGAUGGUAGUUCCGGGCGAACUCUUUGUAAUUCCUGCCGGCUUGCGGUUCAAGGUCUCUCUGCCAGACGGACCUUCAAGGGGAUAUGUCCAAGAAAUCUUCGGCAGCCACUUUGAACUACCUGAUCUGGGUCCAAUUGGGUCGAAUGGCCUGGCGCUGCCCCAGGACUUUCAAGUACCUGUCGCCAGCUUUGACUUAGACACUUCCACUUGGCAAGUUAUCACGAAGGUUGCGGACAACCUACUGACUGUUUGCAGCUACGUCCCGUACAAAUACGAGAUAGAGAAGCUUCUGGCUUUGUCAACCAACAAGGAUCAGCUGGACCCCAGCGCUUACACGAUUUUGACGGCUAAGUCUAAGGUUCCGGGAGUCUCUAUUACCGAUUUCUGCGCAUUUACACCCAAAUGGGUGAACUCGCUGAACUCUUGGCGACCACCGUUCUACCACCGUACCAUGGCUGCCGAGGUUAUGGGCAUGGUGCACGGUGUAUACGGCGGCAGCGCCAAGGCCUUGGAACCUGGCGCGCUGACCUGCGACAACGCCUACGUUCCCCACGGAGAGACAUAUGAGUCCUGGAAGAAGAACGCCUUCAUAGACCUCGAACCUGUUCUUCUCGGCGCUGGCGCCCUGAGCUUCAUGUUCCACAUGAGCUCUCAUUUGGGGAUCACGAAAUUUGCCCUUGAAAGGCAUAACCAGGUCAAGCCUAUGCGAGACGAGCUCUGGGACAGCCUACAGGGCCAUUUCCUCGAUCAUGCUUCUGAGCUGAACGCUAAGCUGGCUGCUGCGGGUAUGCCGUGUCUUCCAGAUGACCUUCCCGUGCACCACAACGGCGUCCCUAUCGCCAAGAAUGGCCAUAAUGGAUCAUCGUAG